AUGUCUUAUUUUGAUAUAAAUGAUAUAUUAGCAGAGGAACAAAAGAUUACAUGUAAUUUCUUUUAUGAUGCAUAUAAUUUAGGUCAAUUAGAAGAAGGUUCAAGAGACCCUGAUAUGAAAAAAGGUAGUAAAGUAGAUUUACCAUAUUGGAUGGCAUUAGCAUUAGCAAAGAGUAAUUUUGUUUCUGUAAUUAUGCCACCUGAAUAUCAAGAUGAAUAUAAAAAUAAAUUAAUUGCUGAUCCAAAUGUAAUUUCAAUGAGAUUAUUCCCAUAUUAUGAUAAAAUUGGUGUACAAUUAUCUGAUUUUUUUGGUGAUAGGAAAUUGAAAUUACUUUUAUUUAGAGUUUUUAGAGAAAGAUUUUUAAAUAUAUACAGUCAAUCAAUUAAUUUAAAAGAAACUGAUAUUUCAAAGAUAUUAGGUAAUUUAACAUAUCAAGAAAGAGAAGUGUUCUCAAAUGGAUAUAAAUCUUCAAAUGAUUAUGAUAAAUGGAUGAGUAGAAAAGGUGAAAAAGUAGAAAAAAAUACAAAUAAUUUAUUAAUUUCAACAUCUUCUAAUAAUAAAAAUAAUAGUAGUAAUAGUAGUAACAAUAAUAGUAAUAAUAAUAAUAAUAAUAAUAAUAAUAAUAAUAAUAAUAAUAAUAAUAAUAAUAAUAAUAAUAAUAAUAAUAGUAAUAGUAAUAGUAAUAGUAAUAGUAAUAGUAGUAAUGGUAAUAAUAAUAAUAAUAGCCAAAAUAGUAGUUAUAAAAACACUCAAUCAACCACAGUAAAGAAAAGAAAAAGAAUGUUUGAUGAUGAAUAA